AGCCAUCCACCAUUUUAGAAGGACCCCUUCCCCCAUCAGAUUUUUCAUCUUCUCCAUCACAAAGACCUAACUAAUUCAAAAAGGCCUGAGGCAACCAAAACAGCCGCAAGAGACCACACAAAGCAAAAAGAAGAAAAUUCCUCUACGGCAAGGAUUCCCCUCUAAGAAAUCUCUUUGAACCCAUCAUAUUUUUCACAUUCUGAUUUGAGAAAGAAGCCACAUAUCAUCAUAUACACACAUAAUAACUCAUCCACCCUUUAUUUUAAGAAGAUCAAACAUGUACACCCAAGAAAAAGCAGAGAACGGACCUGCAAAAAAAUGGAUGAAAAAUUAGAAAAGGGGGAAAUUAAGAGGAUGAACGGAGGGGACCAGGAGUGACUAAAAUUAAAAGCAUCUGACUCACCCCUUUUAAAAUACCAUAGUCGUUGCUCUCUUCAUUCUUCAAUUUCGGAAAUUUAGGUUCAAAGAUGGGGUCAAGCUGAAAUGGAUUUUCGAUUUGGAGUGUCCGUUAGAGGUCGGUUCUCGGUUCCUGCUUCAUAUUGUUGCUGUAUUUUCUUCGGGCCUUCAUCUUGUUGAAUCUGCUUCAAAACAUAUUUCUUUACAUAUUAAAAGAGAAGCACUUAACAGGAUGGAUACAAUAUGUAUUAUAGUUGCUUUUAAUGGUAUAUGGACUGCAAACUAUAAGUAUCUUGAUCAUCAAACAAAGCUUGUUCUAGUACCUGAGGCAAUUCAAUUUGAAGAUUUCAUUAACCAGGUCUUUGAAGUUAUUGAAUUAGAUAGAGACAAGUUUGAAGCAAUGAUAUGGUUUGAUAUCAACCUGGUAAACAACAAGGGAAUACUUGUAUCGAAAUAUUUAGAUCUUCACACAUGUAUAGAGUUACUAAAAAUUCAUUCACUCUUCAAAGGGUUGUCGUUUCAUUGUUGAUGUUUCAGAAAGAGUUUUUGGUUCUACAAGCACCUUUGAACAUGUCAAUAUAGAAACUCACCAAGACAAUCAAGACAAUUGCCAACAGAUAAUGGCAAUAGAUGUGGUUGAAGCUAAACCAAUAACUGAAAAGGUGCUUCAAACAUUUGAUUCUAUUCAAGUGAAAGGACAAAGCAUUAUAGAUAUUAACAACGAACUAGUUUUGAGUAUUCAAGUCUUAGAGAGUGCACCGGUAAUAGAAGAAGUUGAUGAAAAAAACUCUACUCAACUAACUAGACGAAGCUCAAAUUCAAAACAAAAAGAAUCCCCAACUACGAUAUUAAGAGAAAAUGCUUCAUUGGAUGAAAUAAAAGUGGGAUCAAUAUUUGACAAAAAGAAGAGUAUAAUUAACUAUUUUUCGAAUUUAGCAAUUAAAGGACAUUUUGAAUUCAAGGUUGUUAGAUCAAGCUCAACAAGAUAUUCGUUGAAAUGUAAUGAUGAUAGGUGUGAGUGGUGUGUGCGUGCUUUCAGAAUUAAAGAUUCAACACUAUUCAAGAUAGUAAAGAUUAAGAAAAAUCAUGACUGCUCAGUUAACACUAUGAAAGUUGAUCAAAGGCAUGCAACUUCAAAGUUGAUUAGUGAUUACAUUAUUGACAAUCUUCAAGACCCAAGGUUUGAAGUUACACCAACCUUUUUCAUGGCAGAAAUGCAAAAAUUGCAUGGACUAGACAUUGGUUAUCACAAGGCGUGGCGUGCUAUUCAACGUGCUUCACCUUUAAUAAGAGGAACUUAUGAAUUAUUGUCUUCAUACUUGUAUAUGAUGAAAAGUAAAAACCCGGAAACAUACACUAACAUAAAGAUAGACGACAACAACAGGUUUCUUUAUAUGUUUUAUGCAUAUGGAUCAUCAAUAGCUGGUUGGAAUCAUUGUAGACCAGUGAUUGCUAUUGAUGCAACUUUUUUGAAGUCAAAAUAUCAUGGUGUUUUAAUGAUUUCAGUUUCAAAGGAUGUAAAUAACCAAAUAUUCCCACUAGCCUUUGGAAUUACAGAAUCUGAAAAUAACAAUUCCUAUGAGUGUUACUUUAGUGAGCUUCGCAAUGCAAUUGGGAGCCGUGAUAAUUUAAUUUUCUUAUUGGACAUGAAUGAAUCUAUUACACAUGGCAUCACAAAUGUAUAUCCUGAAAGCCACCAUGAGAUUUGUAUCAAUCAUUUGGAGCAGAACCUAAAGCGAAGAAAAGUAAAAAUUGAGGUCAUAAAACUUUUCCAAAGUGCUGCAAGAGUAUACAAGCGCAAAGAAUUUAAUCUAUACGUGUCAGAUAUAACAAAAUUUGAUAUGGAGACUUUUGACUACUUGAUGGAAGAACCACCGGAAAAGUGGGCACGUUCUUGUAGUCCACGACGAAGAUAUGUCAUGCUCACAACAAACAUAGUUGAGUCAAUGAAUUCUGUGCCAUUAGAAGCAAGGGAGCUGCCUAUAUUAAGAAUGAUGGAUUUCAUCCAAGUGAAGCUACGACGGUUGGUUUUAUGAAAGAAGAAAUGAAGCAGAAGGAACUUUUUAUAACGUUUCUUGUUGGGUAGAAGAGGAAUUGAAGAAAAAGAUAGAUUUAGCUUUUACUUUAAAUGUAAAUAUUAUAUUCUUACUUUAGCUUAUUAUUUUAAUGAUAAUUUAACAUAAUGUACUAACUUAUAAUAUUUCAACUUUGAAGGUCUUCCAUGUUGAUUCAUGGUGUUCUAGAGUUGAGGAAAAAGGAAUUACUUUUUUGGUGGAACUUAAACAAAAGAACAUGUGAUUAUUUUCAGUUUCAAUUUGAUGAAUUACCAUGUAUACAUACAAUUGAAGCUAUCGAGAAGACAAACAUCAAGAAGUCCAAUUUCUGCUCCGACUGGUACUUAAAGGAAUCUUGGCUGAAAUUAUAUGAAGAACAAAUACAUCCUGUAGGACAUACGAAUUCUUAGAUUGUACCAGAGAGUGUUAAGUCACAAAUUAUUAAACCUCCAGAUUUCAAAGUCCUGCCAGGUAGAAGGCAGAAAAAAAGACAUAUUCCAGCUACCGAAUCAUCAAAAGUAACAUUCAAAUGUGGUCUUUACAAAAGAAUUGGUCAUAAUAGAACAUCUUGUAUAUAUUCUCCGGUAGUCCAUCUAUUUUCAAGGAAGCAUAGAGAAUAAUAGAUAUAUCCACUUAUGUUUAUCUAUACUUUUAAGUUUUUG